AUGCCGUCGUCACCGGCGCCGGCGUCGGCGGCGGCGAUGGCCGGUGGCGGACUGAUAGUGGUGCUGCUGGUGCUGUCGGCGUGCGUGGUGUGCGGUGCGCGGGCAGACUGUCCGGCGGCGUGCGAGUGUAAGUGGCGCAGUGGCAAGGAGUCAGCCAUCUGCGCGUCUGCAAACAUGACGGCCGUGCCCAGGCACCUGGACUACGGCACCCAGCUGCUCGACCUUAACGACAACCCGUUGUACAGGCUGGGCAAGGACGCGUUCGCGGAUGCCGACCUGCUCAACCUGCAGAAGCUGUUCCUGUCCCGGUGCAGAAUCAAGGCACUGGACCGAUACGCGUUCCGCAAGCUCAACAACCUCGUCGAGCUGGACCUGAGCUACAACAGCAUACCGGUGGUACCGUCAGCCGUGCUCGAGUCUGUGCCAGAACUCCGGGAGCUCCGGCUCAACGGCAACCCGAUCAUGAAGGUUCCAAACGGCGCGUUCACUCACGUCCCACGGCUGGUCCGGCUUGACGUGUCGGAGUGCCGAGUGGCUCUGCUCGAGUCCACCGCGUUCGCCGGUCUCGAGAACUCGCUCGAGUGGCUCCGGCUUGACAACAAUCAACUGCGUGACGUCAAGCCAUCCACGGUCGUGUCACUGGCCAGACUGCAUGGUGUUCAGCUCAACGACAACCCUUGGAACUGUUCGUGCAAGCUGCGACCGCUCCGAGAGUGGAUGGCCAGGCGGAACGUGCCGUUCGGCGCACCACCUGUCUGCAAGACACCCGUCCGGCUGGCCCGGACGUCGUGGGACAAGCUCGAACUAGACGACUUCGCGUGUGAACCACACUCGGUGCCCGUAUCGGCCGUGGUGGUGGUCACCGAGGGUGACAAUGCCACCGUGUCGUGCCGUAUGUACGGGGUGCCCAUACCAUCGUCCAGGUGGACUCGCAAUGAUCGGCCGUUGAGCCAGACGGGCCGCAGCGUGCCAAUCACCGAGGGCCGGUAUACAAACCUCACUAUCGUGUCGGUGGUCGCACAGGACGGUGGUAGUUACGCUUGCGAGCUGGAAAACCGGUCUGGUAGCUCCCGGUCCAACGUCACCGUGGUGGUGGUCAAACGGUCUCCGCAGCUGGUACUGGGGGCAGAUCGGUACGCCCUACCUGGGCUCAUCGUCGGCGUUAUACUGGUCCUGUCCUUUUGCCUCAUAUUUCUGUGCGGGCUGGCCAUCCGGUCCAAAGGCAGCCCGACCGGUUCCCGCGGGGUCCCGGUUUCCGGGCCACUUGACUCCGCCAUCGUCAAUAUUGAUGCCGAUCCGUUCGACAGGUACGAGAAGAUCGAAAUGGACAGGGACGACAACAAUAAGUCGAUGCAGCAUCGCCUGCACCAACUUCCGGCUUCGUCUUCCGAUAUGAACGGCCGACCGGAUCCGCCGGGUUACGCAGAGUCAGCGGCCACUUCUAGCGGACUGCUGCACCAUGGUCACGACGAGCACGAAGACUACGACGGGCUACCGCCAAUCGACGAGCCGCCCUCUUCAACGGCACCGUCCAUCACGGAUCGGCCGACCGCUCGUCCCAGCCAUCCGACCACCAACGUCCCGCACAGGUAUGUCACAAUAAUUAUCGAACGAUUUUCCAAAUAUUUAUAUCUUCAUGUUAUGUGCGAAAUUUGGUUGAGACUAUUUAUCAGACAUUCCGGAUUCGGAUUGGGCAGAUGUGAAUUUGUCAUCAAACUGAUUCAAUAA